AUGUCCACAGCACGUCGCGAUACGCUCGUGGCGAUUGAGCAGAAGAAGCAAGCGGACUGGGCCGCCAAGAAGCUGCAUGAGUUUGAUGCCCCGGCGCCUGGGGAGGCGCGGGCGGCGAAAUACCUGACGACCUUCCCCUUCCCGUACAUGAACGGGAAACUUCACCUCGGCCACGGCUUCUCGCUCACCAAGGCCGAGUUCGCCUCGCGCUUUCAGCGCAUGAUGGGCCGCCGCUCGCUCUGGCCCUUUGGCUUCCAUGUCACCGGCACCCCGAUUGCCGCGUGCGCGCAGAAAAUCGCGAAGGAGAUGCAGCAGUACGGCAACCCGCCGCAGUUUCCGUCAGAGGUGCUGGAGGACAAGCCCAAGACACCGGUGGACAGCAAGCCUACGGUGGCGCUCGGGCAGCACAAAAGCAAGCGCGGCAAAAGUGGGCCAGCGAAGCCGCAGUGGGUCAUUAUGCAGAGCAUGGGCAUCCCCGAUUCGGAGAUCCCGAAGUUUGCCGACCCACAGCACUGGUUGGACUACUUCCCGCCCAUCGCUAUUGAAGACUUGAAGAGCUUUGGCUGCCACAUCGACUGGCGCCGUUCCUUUAUGACGACGGAGCGCAACCCGUACUUUGACCGCUUUGUCCAGUGGCAGUUCCACAUCCUGCGCCGCGAGAACCUGCUCAACUACGGCAAGCGCUACUGCGUAUAUUCGCCGCGCGACGGCCAGCCGUGCGCCGACCACGAUCGCGCCAGCGGUGAGGGUGUGCUGCCGCAGGAAUACACGGUGGUGAAGCUCAUCGUGCAGAACCCCCUCUCGCAGCCGUGCUUCGCCGAGCACAAGGACAUCAUCGGUGACCGCAACGUCAUCCUGCCCGGCGCCACGCUCCGCCCGGAAACGGUGAUUGGCCAGACGAACUGCUGGGUGAGCAACAAGCUCAACUACAAGGCGUACAACGUGCGCAACGCGAAGGGGGAGGAUGAAGUGUACAUCAUGACUGCCCGCGCCGCGCGCAACAUGGCGUACCAGAACUUCUACGUGAACGGUCAGACCGGCGUCGACCCGGAGCCGCUCUUCGAAGUGAAGGGAACAGACAUGGUCGGCAUGCCGCUUUCGGCACCGCUGGCGCCUUACGAGACGAUCUACACACUGCCCAUGUCCACCAUCACGGAGGCGAAGGGUACGGGCGUCGUCAUGUCCGUGCCGUCCGACUCGCCCGAUGACUACAUCAACUUCUCCCAGCUGCUGAACAAGCCAGACUACCGCGCGAAGCUCGGCAUCAAGGAUGAGUGGGUAGUCCCGUUCGCCAUGAUUCCAAUCAUCGACAUUCCCGAGCUAGGCACUGAAGGCGCCAAGUUUAUGUGCGAGAAGCUCAAGGUCAACGGCCCGAACGCGACGGAGCUGCUGGAGGAGGCGAAAAAGGUAUGCUACCAGCAGGGGUUCUACCAUGGCACCAUGAUCGUCGGUCCCUACACAGGUGUCAAGGUCAGUGAGGCCAAGGUGAAGACGCAGCGCGACAUGGAGGCGGCGGACCAGUGCAUCCGCUACUACGAGCCGGUACGUCAGGUGAUGAGCCGCAGCGGCGACGAGUGCGUUGUCGCGCUGUGCGAUCAGUGGUACCUUGAGUACGGCAAGGAUGACUGGAAGAGGAUGGUACAGGACCACGUCAAGAAGAUGGACAUGUUCUUCCCCGGUGUACGCAACGGCUUCGAGGAGACGCUGAACUGGCUAGCAGACUGGCCGUGCAGCCGCACCUUCGGCCUCGGCACCUACCUACCGUGCGACGCGUCGCACACGAUGAUCAUCGACAGCCUGUCCGACUCCACCAUCUACAUGGCCUACUACACGAUCGACCGCUUCUUCAACGUCGGCGUCGACGGCUCGAUGGACCUGUGUGGCAAGUCGGACAACCCGUACGGCCUCACGCCAGAGAUGUUCACAGACGAGGUGUUCGAGUACAUAUACCACGGCGUCGGCGAUGCGGCCACCGUCGCGGGUGCGGUGAGCAUGCCGGUUGAGUCGCUGAAGUUGAUGCGCAACGAGUUCGAGUACUGGUACCCCGUCGACCUGCGCUGCUCUGGUAAGGAUCUCAUCCAGAACCACCUGACGAUGUUCCUCUACAACCACGCCGCGAUCUGGCCGGCGGACGAGAGCAAGUGGCCUCAGAGGAUCUUCUGCAACGGUCACAUCCAGGUCGACAGCGAGAAGAUGGCCAAGUCAAAGGGGAACUUCAUCUCCCUGCGCGAGGCGAUCGACACGUACGGCGCUGACGCCACACGCCUCGCCUGUGCUGACGCCGGUGACAGCAUGGACGACGCCAACUUUGUGCGCGAGACGGCAGCUGGCUUCGUGCUGAAGAUGACGACACUGCUGGAGCAGGCGAAGGAGACAGUAGAGCGCGCCGAUCUGCGCAGCGGCGACUACAACGAGUUUGACAAGAUCUUCCAGAACACAAUGAACACGAUCAUCACCCGUACCGAGGGCUACUAUCACCGCAUGCAGUUCCGCAUGGUGCUCAACACGGCCUUCCACGAGCUAUCGAAUGAAUACAGCCAGUACAAGAUGUGCUGCGACGACCUCAACGUGCAUGCACAUCUCGGGCGCCGCUACUACGAGGUGGUCGCGCUGAUGAUGAUGCCGCUGGCGCCGCACACGAUGGAGUAUCUGUGGCAGAACAUCCUCCAGAACGAGGGUUCCGUCGUCACACAGCUGUUCCCGAAGCCGACGGCAGAGUUGGACUACUCGCUGAUCGUCGCAAGCCGGGUCAUGACGACUGUUAUCAAGGAAAUUCGGUCGCAGGUGAUCAAGAACGCGAAGAAGCGUGGUCCAAUCGAGGAGGUCAUUGUGUACACACGCCGCGAGUACAUGGACUGGCAGCGGCAGGCGCUCGACAUCCUGCAAGAGCUCUACCAGGCGAACGGCAACACGUUUCCUGAAGACAUGACGAAGCAGGUUGCCGCCCGCGACCCCAAGAUCAUGAGCAAGGGUCUGAUGGCCUUCAUGUCCUUCGUCAAGGCCAACGUAGAGAAGUACGGGGCGCAGGCCAUGUCGACGCAACCCGUCGUCGACGACGCCGCGAUGCUGUCCAACAUCACGCACAACCUCAGCCGCCUCUCCGGGGUGCCAGUGGUGCGCAUCCUGUCCGCCGAAGACGAGACCUACAAGGAGCACGAUGCGGCGCGCCGCAAGUGCCUGCCUGGUGAGCCGUCCGUGGGCUUCCCACCGGCGUCGAAGAGUGCGUAG